UUAGGACCCACUGCAUCCUGGCAGUGCCGUGCCAUGUGCCCGCGAUGCGUCUGAUCUUUCUGGAUAUCGAUGGGGUGCUGGUGACACGCCGACCAUGUGUUAUGGAAGAGAAGUUGUUGCAGAAUCUUGCACGGGUGGCCAAAGAGACUGGAGCAAAGAUUGUCCUCUCCAGUGACUGGCGUCGCCACCCAGAGGCUCGGGCCGAAGCCCAGCAGGUGCUGAACUCGAUGGGCCUGGAAUUGAUCGGAUGCACGCCCUGUAAAAGCCCUUAUUUGGCCCAAAGGCCAACCGAGAUCUUGGAGUGGAAGAGAGAUUUUCUCAGGACACCUGGAGGCGAAAAGUUGGAGAAUUGGGUUGCCAUUGACGAUCGAGAGCUGCUCACCGAACAAAACGGUCGCUUCCUUCGUGGCCACUUCGUGCAGACACAUCCCCUGCGAGGUUUGACGCCGGAGGCUGCAGAUGCGUGCAUUGCCAUCCUCAAGCAGGAGCAGAAAUCUGAACCCACAGGUUCUGCCAUGCGGGGUGUGCCGCGAAGUAGCUCCUUAGAGGUUGAUCGCCAGGGUGGAGCUGCAGAUGAGGACCCGCCGCCUCCACCCCCGCGAAAUCAACCAAGAGUAGCAGGCGCUCGAGUGCUGGCAGCAUCCCAUAUUUCCGCCGCGCAAGCUGCACGUGCAUUGCGGGUGCAUGGUAACACGGCCCCAGCUGCGGUGCGCUUACCGGGUCCAGGUCGCCCUAGGGGACGAUCGAUGGGUGCCAUAGCAGGUCGCCGAUGAGAGCCGAUGAGAGCACGAAAGGUCAGAGGAUGUGGAGCGCGGCACCGCGAAAUUUCGUGGGUAAAAAUCCACAUUCAAU